UUUAAAAAAAAUAUUAUUGUGAAGUAAUUUUACGUACAAAUCAUGAUUCUUAAUUCCAUAAUUCGAGUUCAAGAAUGUAUCGAGUGCUCAAUUAGCAGUAAUCAUGUAACCCAACGAAAAUCCGUUCAUUUUAUAACAAGUUGAUAGUUGUAUACGAUGGUUUAGUUCGGUGUUAGUCUUUAAACGAGAGUGAUGUUUCGCGAUGGUGUUCUUAUCAAAAGUUUAUCAUUAAUAGAAUUAGUGUUUCAUUGUGCACUUAUAUCGAGUAAUUUGCGUCUGUUUAAUCAGUUUCUAUUAAUCUGCUAUGGAUUGUUGAAUUGUUAAACUGUGAAUCUAACGAGAGAUAUAGUUACUAAAUCAUCAUCUCAGUCAUCAGGGUUUGGUCACACAAUACAUGGUAUUUGAGAAUAAAAUGGAGUGCAAACUAUUGCCUGAUUGUACGCAGCAGGCAAUGGUGACACAAUGGGCGAAACUAGAAAGCGUAUGAAAGAAUCUGGUGGCGGCGGUGGAGGCGGUGGUUUUGCUGCGCAUUCAAGAACAUUACCGAAGACUAACUUCCCUCACCUUCAUCACCGUUCCCAUUCUCAUCCGCACACGUUCCCACAUUUGCCGCAUCAUCACUACCAUACCCAUCCGCAUCAGCACCAUCAUUCUCAACGUCACCCGUAUUCGGUACCCGGCGACGUUUACAUAACUACUUUGAACGUCACCCCCAGCGUCCAUAGCGAUUUCGAAGAAGACGAAGACGAACGAUUCCGUCAUCAUGGUCUAUUCGGCAGCGAAACGGAUACCGAUGACGGGAAGGUGACCAGCGUUACGCAUACACCCUCCCCCCACCACUUGCUCAACGGCAGUAAUGAGACGCAGACGGAGGAAGAUGACGAAGCCACUCUUAGAGAGAUACUCGUGAGUCUGCAGAGGCAGGUGACCGUGAUGAGCAUGAACCUGAAUGCGAAGCUGGACGAGUUACAGACCCGCGGUGAUCGGCAACUCGAGACGGACAUCGCGUUAUGCGAAAUACGCUCCCAGCUCGAUCACCUGACCAAAUCGAUGGAGUCGUGUCAAAGCGACGUGAACGAGGUGAAAAGGGACAUCGCUGUCAUGAAAAGCGAAGUGGACCAGGUGCAGCAGAUCCGUGUGGAGAUCGAAGAACUACGCGAAUACGUGGACCGUCUCGAGGAACAAACGCAUCGCCGCAAAUUAAGACUACUUCAACAGGGUUUAACCUUUUUCCUGUCAUACACGAUCCUUGCUUCGAUGUUAGGAAUGCUUCAAUUUGGUUACAACACAGGCGUUAUAAAUGCUCCGAAAGCGAAUAUUGAAACGUUUAUAAAAGAAGUUUACAAAAUUCGCUACAACGAAGAUCUCCCAGAUGCAACGAUUACAGGCAUGUACUCAUUCGCUGUUUCCAUAUUUGCUGUUGGAGGAAUGCUGGGUGGUUUCAGUGGUGGAAUGAUUGCCAACCGUUUCGGCAGGAAAGGAGGGCUGCUACUGAAUAAUUUUUUAGGGAUUGGAGGAGCAUGUUUGAUGGGCGCUACCAAGUUCUUUCGUAGUUACGAAAUUUUAUUUGCUGGCAGAUUCAUCAUCGGUGUUAAUUGUGGUUUAAAUACGUCAUUAGUACCAAUGUAUAUAUCAGAAAUAUCACCGCUCAAUUUAAGAGGAGGUUUAGGUACAGUUAACCAAUUAGCAGUAACGAUAGGAUUGCUGAUUUCACAAAUUUUAGGGAUUAAGCAAAUUUUAGGGUCGGACGAAGGCUGGCCUCUUUUGUUAGGGUUGGCAGUAUGUCCGGCAAUUUUACAAUUAAUUUUGUUACCAGUUUGUCCAGAAUCUCCUAGAUAUCUUUUAAUUACCAAACAAUGGGAAGAAGAGGCCAGAAAAGCCUUGAGACGAUUACGAGCUUCCAAUCAAAUUGAAGAAGAUGUACAGGAAAUGCAAGCGGAAGAACGAGCUCAGCAAGCUGAAGCUACGAUCUCUAUGAUAGAAUUAUUGUGUUCACCUACCCUAAGGUAUCCUUUAAUUAUAGGUGUUAUUAUGCAGCUCUCUCAACAAUUAUCUGGAAUUAAUGCUGUGCUUUACUAUUCUACCGGAUUGUUUCAAAAAGCGGGCUUACCAGAAGAAAUUGCCAAAUUUAUGACAAUCGGCAUUGGCGUGAUAAUGGUGGCAAUGACGUUAAUUACCAUGCCUUUGAUGGACAGAACAGGCAGAAGAACGUUGCAUCUUUAUGGUUUAGGCGGAAUGUUUAUAUUUUCUGUUUUUAUAACAAUUUCUUUUCUUACGAAAGAGUUUUUCGGCUUUGUGCAGGAGAUGAUCGACUGGAUGUCCUAUCUGUCGGUGGUGUCGACCUUGGGUUUCGUUGUAUUCUUCGCAGUCGGUCCUGGCUCCAUACCUUGGAUGAUAACAGCCGAGUUAUUCUCCCAAGGCCCAAGGCCGGCUGCCAUGUCCAUAUCUGUAUUAGUUAAUUGGACAUCUAAUUUCAUCGUUGGUAUUGGCUUCCCUACCAUGGAUGCUGCCUUAGGAAAUUAUACUUUUCUUCCAUUUAGCGCGUUUUUAGCAUUUUUCUGGAUUUUCACCUACCAGAAAGUUCCAGAAACUAAGAAUAAGACAUUCGAAGAAAUUUUAGCUGUGUUCAGGCAUAACGGAAGAGAUAGUUUCCGGGAUACUACACCUUAUGGGAGUAUGUUGAAUUGUGUUAAUGCGUUAGAGCAAAGGAUACCGCCGCCUCCGCCGCCAACGGAAAGAGCAUCUUUAAUGGUGUCCGAAGAGAAGCCUAUACCUGAUACGUCUUCGAAAUACUUGGAAACGCGUAUGUUAUUAAAUAAAUACAGUAGAUCGUCGAGUUAUUAUACGAUGUAUUCUUCGAUAUCACCUUGUGCUCCCAUGUAUGGAAGAAUUUAUGGUAGAGCAACCAAGUAGACCACCACCGCCAUUACCUCCUCCGAGGUUUACCAGAAGCGCCGUGUGAUAAAGUGCGACCUUUAUUGUUCAACAUUCCAAUUUAUUCCCGAUUUUUUGACGGGAGUAUUUUUUUGUUUUUUAUUUUCAAUAUUUCACGGCCUACGACUGUAGAAUUGUAAAUACGAGUAUUAUUACUUACUUACCUACGAAUAUUUCAUCAAGUUUGUAUCUACGUGUAUCUUCGGUGUUAUUGUACCACGUAAACGACUGACGAGUCUGAAAAGAAUUUACCAGUAUUUUAAAAAAACGAUUUUUAGUAUUAAGGUACGUAAAAUAAUCUUCUCGCCAGAAGAUGUAAGUACUUUUAUCUCAAUUUAUUGAGAAUCAUAUAAUGCUGAAACAUGGCGGAUUUGUAUUUUUUUUUUUUUAUAUUCGCAUAGCCUACCUAUGUAUGUUUUCCAUUUAUACCUACUUAUAAAUCGUUAUUCGCGAUGUUUGACGAGAAUAAUGUAGUUGUACAGAAUCAGGAUGUAGUGAUUGUAAAUAAAAUUAUACAAUUAGGGAAACUGUGCAUAAUGCCGAUGUUACAGCAUUGAUGAAGUAUUUAGUGAAUUGUUUCCGUCGUCGAGGAAAUGAACAUUUAAUAAGCGAAUUUUAAAGUCGUUUCUGUUUCACGAAUAUGUCAAUUCACAUUAUUCGAAUUUAUGUUUACACUUUGAAUGUUGGAAAAUUGGAGACAUUGGAGUAUUUUUCGUGCAUGAUGCUGAAAUUCCAAUGUCAAAAUUGAUCGUUUUUAAUAACUGAAAAUCCCGUGAUUGGUUACCUACCUUUUUAUACAGUAUGACACAAGAGUAGUGCUCGGUGGUUUUUAUUUUCAAGUGGAAAGAGCUAGUGAGAUGAAUGAAGCAGCGUUUAGUAGGAAAAAAUAAGGGCUUUCAAAAGCGACCUUGAAAAUUGCAGGCCCAUGCACAGAGUGUCCACAAAUUGGAAAACUGGUUUGGUCAAAAAAUAGAAACUGGUUUUCAUUGGCGCAAUGUAUUCUACACACUAAGGCGACAAAAACGUGAUAUGAAUUUUUUGAAACCGGUUCAUUAAUUUGCAUCCAGUUGACAAAAAAUGCCCAAAAAUUGGAGAUAGAGAAAAAAGCUUGAAACAAAGUUGUAGGGCGUGAAAAAUUACACAAUUCUGUCUAAUCAUAUUUUGAAACCGGUUCAUUGGUUUGCAUUUAACAACCAGUUUUUCACAAUCACCUAAAAAUUGGAGAUAGAGAAAAAAACUUGCAACAAAAGUUGUAGGGCGUGAAAAAUUACACAAUUCUGUUCAAUCACAUUUUGAAACCAGUUCAUUGGUUCGCAUUUAGCAACCAGUUUUUGACAAUCAUCUGAAAAUUGACGAUGGAGAAAAAAGUUUGAACAAAGCUUUAGAAAAUGAAAAAUUGAACCAUUUUUGCUGAUAGGAUUUUGAAAAUGGCCAAAAAAGUUUAAUUUUGGUUGAUAAAUGCGAACCAGUGAACUGGUUUCAGAAUGUGAUUACACAGAAUUCUGUUAUCUGAUAAGUAGAAAAAUCAAUCAAUCAAUCAAUCAAUAUCCUUUAUUAACGGAAUUAUUACAUAAGAAUUACAGAUUAGUUGACUAAAAUAAACUUAACAGUUUACUCCAACUCCGCUAUACCCGAAAUUGGGCGAAGGAUUCUUGCAAACGUGCCCACUCCUGUCUUACUAAAGUAAGUCUCCCGUACAUUUUGUGCCCCAAAAAACUACCAAAAUCAUCCUCCCAUCUCACCUUCUGUCUCCCCACUCUUCUUGUUCACACUCCACCACCUUUGUUUCGAGCUUUUUUGUCUAUCUUCAAUUAUUUUCAGGCGAUUUUCAAAAACUGGUUGCUAAAUUCAAACCAAUGAACCGGUUUCAAAAUGCAACCCAAGGAACCGGUUUCAAAAUACCAACCAGUGAACUGGUUUCAAAAUGCAAAACAAUGAACCUAUUUCAAAAUGCAUCCCAAGGAACCGGUUUCAAAAUGCCAAUUAGUGAACUGGUUGCUAGAUGCGAACCAACGAACCGGUUUCAAAAUGUGAUUGAACAGAAUCGUGUAAUUUUUCACACCCCACAACUUUUGCUCCAAGCUUUUUUCUUGAUCUCCAAUUUUCAGGUAAUUUUUGAUAACUGGUUGCAAAUUAAUGAACUGGUUUCACAAUCUGACCAGCAAAAUUGGUUCAAUUUUUCACGCUCUACAACUUUUGUUUCAAGCUUUUUUCUCUAUCUCCAAGUUUUAGGUGAUUGUCAAAAACCGGUUGCUAAAUGCAAACCAAUGAACCGGUUUCAAAAUGUGAUUCGACAGGUAAUUUUUAACGCUCUACAACUUUUCUUCCAGACAUUUUUCUCUAUCUCCAAUUUUUAGGUAAUUUUUGAUAACUCGUUGCAAAUUCAAAUUACCGAACUGGUUUCAAAAUCCGAUCCGCGAAAAUAGUUCAAUUUUUCACGCUUUACAACUAUUGUUUCAAGCUUUUUUCUCUAUCUUCAAUUUUUUAGAUGAUUACCAAAAACUGGUUGCUGAGUGCGAACCAAUGAACCGGUUUCAAAAUGUGAUUAGACAGAAUUGUGUAAUUUUUCAUAGUCUACAACUUUUGUUCCAAGCUUUUUUCUCUAUCUGAAAUUUUUGGGCAUUUUUUGUCAACUGGUUGCAAAUCAAUGAACCGGUUUCAAAAAAUUCAUGUCACGUUUUUGUCGCCUUAGUGUGUAGAAUACAUUGUGCCAAUCAGAACCAGUUUCAAUUUUUUGACCAAACCGGUUUUUCAAUUUGUGGACACCCUGUGCAUGGGCCUGAAAUUUUCGAGGUCGCUUUUGAAAGCCCUUAUUUUUUCCUACUCAACGCCGCUUCAUUCGUCUCGCUAGCUCACUUAGAAAUAAGUGCCACCGAGCACUGCUUUUGUGUCAUACUGUAUACCAUGUGUUCCAUUACAAUUGCAGAAUAAUUUGCCUAGCAAUUACAGCAACCCAUAACACACAAAUGUGAUUUGAUUUGCCAACCCCACAAGUCAAAGGGGCAAAAUUAUGUUGUAUGAUGUAUUCAGUGAUAAUUUUUUAAAUAUGCGUUACUUAUUCUGAGCAGAUCAUCUGAUCAAUACCUUGAUCUGACCAGAUCUGAUUGAACCUGGUCAGAUUUAAUUGGAUCCUGGGUCACCCGUCAGUCAAAAGUUCUAGUCACAAUUACAAAUUUGAAAAAGAAAUCUUCUAUUCAUCUAAUUGUAUUGGAUUUAAGACAGUUACAGUUUCAAUUGAGGUGAUUCAAACAGAUCUGAACUGUUUUUUUUUGUGGAUCCAGUUGGAUCUAAAACUUUUUUCUCUGAGGGAUCUGAUGUACUUAGACUGAAAAAUGGCACAAUCACGAUCUGAUCAGAAGAAUUGAAUUUAAGUAAUUAUUGUGAUGGAGUUUGAUCCCAUUGGAUCCGAAUCCGGCUCAAUUAGAUCUUAUUAGAUGUAUUAUUUUGAUCCAACUGGAUAAAUAAUCCCCAAAAACUAGAAUUAAUUAAAUCAGAAACUCUUUCCUGAGAGAUUUGAUUUGGCUCAAAAAAUGGCAUGAUUUAACCAGACUUGAAUUCAAUUGAAAGUACCUACAUAGAUCCAGUCUGAUAUCAUUGGAUUCAAAUCUGGACUAAUGGGGUCUUAUUUGAUGUGUUUCAAUCCAAUUGAAUGAAUAUUUUUCGAAAACCUAGAUUAAUUUGGGUGGGUUUAAUUGGAAUCUAAACCGUCUCUUGGGUUCCAAGAGAUCCGAUUUGGUCCAAAAAUGGAAGGAUUUAAUCAGACUUAGAUUUAAUUAAGUACCUACAUGUAGAUUCAAAUUGAUCCUAUUGGAUUAUAAUGUGGUCUGAUUUGAUCUCAUUAAACAUAUUUUGUCCAAUUGGAUAAACUUUUUUCAAAAGCUUGGAAUAGUUUGUACCGAAUUUGAACGAAAACUUUUUCCCAUAAAGAACUGAUUUGGUUCCAAAAAAAAAAAAAAAAAAAAAAAAAAAUGGCCUGAUUUAUUUAGAUCUGCUGGAUUUAAUUAGGUAUAGAUGUUUAUCCCACCUGAUCUGAUCACAUCAAAUGCAACAUUUUUCAAUUAUUAUAUGCUUCGCAAAUUUACCCCUUCAGUUUUAACGUUGGCAAAUCAAUUUACAGAUGUGUAGUUUGAGUUGCUGUAUUGCCAGGCAAAUUAUUCAGAAGCAGAACACACGGUAUGUAAAUUUCAAGUCUUGAGAUGAUUUUUGUGAUUUCUAUUCAAAUCUUGCUUCAAAAACCCAACAAGUCUUUGUAAAGUUGAGGGCCAAUCUUGAACAAAUCAAGUAUUCCUAAAAAAAAAUUUCUCCCAGAAUUCCAAUUAGGUACAAAAAAAAAUGAUAAAACUCACAAAACAACGUUUAAAAUUCGCUGAAAAAUACUUCCUAUCAACGCGAUCGUUCAUACAGCCCCCUCCCCCCUCCCCUCCAAAAACGACACUGAAUUGUAUAUAAAUUUAAAAGCGAUGUCUUUCAGUUUUAAAAAAAAAUCCAAAGUAGAUUAUAAAAAGAACUGUAAAAUAUUUAUGUUUUUACGAGAUUAGAAGUGAUUACUCGAACGUAUAGGAUAUUCGGUUUAAAGUGUAAACUCUUGCUCAUUAAUAUCAUUAAUACGACGUGUCUAUUGUGUAUUCUACAUGUAUCUAUAUCCGUGUAUGGUAAACGACGAAUUUUACUGUAAUACCUACCUAUAAUAAUUUAAGCGAAAUUAUAACGUAAUUAAAUACUUAAAACCGAAGGCAACAAAAAAAAAAUCACUGCCAUUCACGGAAGUAUGACGUGUGCCGAAUGCAGUUAUACAUUUUUCAUAAUUCGCGAAAUCUCCAACGGUUAUUAUAUGUUCUUCAACGUAAAAAUAAUAUUUUUUAUCAUGAAAAAAAAAAAACCUGUAUCAUAUUUUCUUUAUGUACUUAUUUACAAUAUUGUUGCUCAUUUUGCCUGAUUGUAAAUUUAAUUUUUUUUUAGCGUUGUAGCUAACGUCGAAUGAAAAAAAAAACCAAGACCGUACCUUAUUCGCUGUAAACCUAAGUUAAUAACUUAUAUAUACCUACCUUAUUAAAUUUUAGCCUAUAUUAGCAGUUUUGUAGAUUAAAAAUUGUGUAAAAUGCGCAACAUUUGGUAAAGUGUAUUUAAUUUCGUUUAAUCAUUAGCGAAUGUUGUUGAUUUUUUUCUCCUUUUUUUUUGGUACCUAACAACUAUACCUACCUACAUUCCUACCAAUAUAUUUGUGAUUUUUUUUUUCGUUUUGCGAAUAUAUCCGUAGGAUAUGUAUGAUGAUAAUGAUGCAAUAAAUGGCAAUUAUUUUCCAAAUAUCAUAGCGAACAUUUUACCAUGUAUUAAGAAGUAUGAAUAAUAAAAAAAAAAAAAAACACUUCGUAAAUCAUUUGUUUUGCUCAUUACAAGUUUUUAAAUAUUAAGAAUAUCUAUUUUAAGUAAUUUUAAUUGCAAUUACGAGGCCUACUUUUGUUCUUCGCGUAAUAAAAAAAUCGUUAUGUUAUCUUACGUUUAGAUAAAAAGUUCAUUAGAUCGUUAUAUUUAUAAUACCAUUUGAACGACUUUUAAUAAUUUUUAUCUAUCAAUUUAUACCUACCUACGUACACAUUACUGCGCGCGUCCUUCUUCAGUACACUAUUUUUCCGCAUUUUAUAUUACCUACAAUUUUUUUUAAAAAAAUAAUAUCAAAAAGUUGAUAACCUAUUUAAAAGCUUGUAUGUAGAAGUGAAAAUUGCGCAAAUUUGUUCUGUUAUUUAAAUUAUUAUAUCGAGAGGUUUUAUUACAUUCAAUCUGAUUGGAUAAUCUGGUUUCAAUUUCGAGCGAAAAUUUGAAUUCACUAUUUUAUUAUACGGGACCAGAAUAAUUCGCUUCCAUUUGAACAAGUUUGUGUUGCAGAUUAAUGCAGAAUUUUUCAACAAAUUAUUUCGAAUUUGUUUUACGUUUGGAUAUGAAUAAAAAAGCCUUCGUGAUUGACGUUAAAAUUUUUCCAAAAUAUUAAACUGGGUGAAAAAAAUACAAAAAUUCAAAUUGAUAUUCUUUUGGUGAUUUUAUGUUUUAAUAUUCAGCCAUAUUGCAGCUUAAAUUACUCAGAUGUAAGGUGUGGUUUAGUGAAUAUAAUUUUUGAAGAGAUAAAAUUCAAUCAGAUAAAUGGCAUAUUUUGCUCAAAUUCAAACUUGUAAAUUAAUGAAAUCAUUGACAAUUCUUCAAUUUUGAAUGUAGUUUGGAUUUUAAACUCAUAUUGAGGUGAAAAUUUGCUUUUUUUUUUUUUUUUUUCAGAAAUCAUAAAUCGAAUUAAUUUUUAAAAUUUUAUUCCUUCAAAUCUCUGUGCUCACAAAUUCACAAACAUUCGUGUAAUUCAAAUUGCAUACCUAAUUAUUCCAUGAAAAUCAUUCAAUUGCUCAACCAAUUCGCCCAGCAUCUUUUAUCGAGGCUUCUCUGUCUUAUCAACGAUUUUUAAAAAAUAAAAAAAAAUAAUUCGAAAACAAUUAAACUGCGAUAAAUUCAGUAUUAAAAUAGGUGCAUUGAAAACGACGAUUCGUUGAAAUUAGCUCAUUUGAAGUAAAAAUGUUCAAAUGUACCUUUGUUUUUUAUUUAUAAGAAAUUUGUUUGUUUUAGUUCCUAUAACACUUUCUUCGAACAAAGGUUUCCUUUUUGUUGCGAAUAUAUGGAACAUAACGUUUCCAUAAAUAAUACCUCGAUAGUAAAUAUACCUAAAACUAUAACCGGUGAUGAGAAAUGAAGACGGUGUAUUCCUGGAUUCCUGUGGUACUAGUAAACUUGACAAAAUACUCAUUAAUUGGAAAAAAUUAUACACCGUUUUAAUUUUGUUACGUCGUACUAUUAUUGUCUUUAUGUCUUUUUACUUAUACUCUGUUGUUUUUUUUCUUUUUUUUUUUUUUUGUUUGGAUCAUGUCUGUUUUAAAAAUCAAAGUUCGUAUGUGAAUUAAUAAUUUAUAAGUACCUAAAUCGAUUAAUUUCGUUGAAUAAUUGUACCUCUCUUUAUUAUCAUGUGACUAGUUGAAAAAAAAAUUUAAAAAAAAAUGUUUUCGUAUGUUGCCUGUGAGAACCAUGAAAUGUAAUACAAUUACAAACAUGAUAAACGUAUGUUAGUUAUCUAAUUUCUAAUUUCCUCUUAUUCUUUUGUACAUAAGAUUUUCAAAUUUAUAAUAACUUUGUUCCUUGUUUAUUAAAAUGAUAAAUUAAUACGUGUA